UCGAAAAAUUCAAAAAGCUUUGAUCGCAGCACGCGUGACCGUGUGCGCAAAGGAUUUCGACUAAUAAUUCACUGACUGUGGAUUCAAAUCUCAACGGCGGUACCCUUACAUGUUAGUCCUUUAAAACUUUAGUAUUCGAUUUUAUUUCUCUAUUAAAUUAAUAAUAAUGCUACUUAUUUAAUUGAAUUCUGAGCUCUCCCUAAGAACAUAUAUAGUACAUUUGAUAAGUAAAUAAAUGAUAAAGUGUUUGCAUUUAACGAUUCAAAGAAAGCAAAGAGAAAAUUCGUAAAGGUUGGCAGCCCUAAGCAAAGCUCAUAUCAAUGGACAUGAACCAAUGCAUUGACAGCAGACAAAAUUCCAACAACUGUUAGUUUGAAAUGAUAAAGAUGAGGUAAAACACGAACAAUACGGUGGAACGGAAAUUUACAAACAGAUACUAAGGGGAAAAAAAAAGAGAAAAACAAGAAUAGAAAAAGUGCAAUGAAAUGUAAAAAUGUAUUUGUGCGUACAUGUACAAAUAGAUGACAUUCCACAAUGCUCCUAAAUAACUGUGUAUAGUUAAUGAAGUGCAGAUUUAAAAAUUCUUGCAUGUGUAUGUAUAUUAAUGGCCAAAAAUUGAUCGUGAAAAUAGAAACGAACUUUAAAUUCGUUACCGAAAAAACUUCAUUGCCUAUUAAAUACAUAUGAAGAUUGAGCUUCGGUUUUUAAAGCAAAGUAUAUUGUCCUUCAUUUCUAGCGCAUUUAUAUUACGUAUUUUUUAGCAUCUGCCCCGUAUGCGUGUGUAUCAGAAACAAGUAGAUAAAGCAUCUAGUUUUAUGAAACAAAUAAAGUGAGAAAAUUGUAAACGUAAAAGGAAAUUGGAUUUACUAUAUAUUUUUGCUAAUAUACAAAGGCAAAAAAAAAAAAAGAAGAGGUGAUAAAGUGCGAAUGCGCAAACGUUAUAUGCCAUAUGCGGCAGGAUUCUCCGAACGCGUUCGUCAAAGAGAGAUGAAAUGAUUUCAUUAGAAACGUUUGUGCAAUCGUUCGUUUGUACGUGAGCGCAAAUAAAACGGUUGAGCAGUUAAAAAAAGCAAUUUAUAAAUAAAAUUUUAUUCCAUUUAACGAAAACCUGUGUUAAAUUCUAUUGAACAAAAAACCAAACAAAAAUUAUGAAGAAUAAUCAAUCAAAAAGUUCCAACAACAAUAACAAUAACAACAAAAAUCAUUUAAAUUAUUUAAAUAAUAUUAAUAAAAAAUUUAACAACAAUAACAUUAAAGGUAUUUACAAAUUAUCAAAAUCCGCGUCUUCGCCGAACAAUACCACCGCCAGCAGUAAUCAUAAUAACAAUAAUAAUAAUAACAAUAAUAAUAAUAAUAAUAAUAAUUUAAUAAAAAGAAAUCUUAAAAGUAAAAGAAAAUCGCAUCGCUUGGUUGUUGGACGCAGCAUAAGCGUUAAUCAUAAUAAUAAUAAUAAUAAUAAUAAUAAAAUGGGUGGUGGAAGGAAAGAUGCCAGGCGCGGUUUAGAGCCGCUUGAAUUUGAAGAAUGCACUGUUGAUAGUCCAGAAUUUCGCGAUAAUUUAAAUCGUCAUGAAAAAGAAUUGGAUCACACCAGCCAUCAAAUUAAACGCAUCAUCAAGGAGGUUAAAGAUUUGAUGAGUGCUGCAAAAGUAUUGUCGACUCGGAUGAAACAGUUGGCAGACUCGUUAAAAGAUUUCAAUUUUGAGUGUAUCGGGACAGCCCAAACUGAUGAUGAAUUGGUGAUAUGCCAAAGUUUAAAGCAUUUUGGUGAAAUAAUCAGUACAAUAGAAGAUGAACGUGAAAAAAUGCUAACACUAGCAGACAAACACAUUAUAGAACCGUUAGAAGAUUUUCGAAAGAAACAAAUCGGCGGAGUUAAGGAGAACAAAAAAAAAUUCGAUAAAAAAACGGAGAAAUUUUGUCAAUCGCAAGAACGAUUCCUCAAUAUGUCAACGAAGAAGCCAGAAAAUACAAUACAAGAGGCCGAUGCUAGUUUAGGUAUGCAUGAGCGCGAAUAUGUCCAAGAAUCUUUAAGUUAUGUGUUACGCAUUCAAGAGGUUCAAGAACGUAUAAAAUUUGAAUUUGUCGAAAUUCUGUUGGCCUUCAUAUCGAGCUGGUUAGUUUUCUAUCAUACAGCUCACGAGCAAGCCGAAGAUAAUCGCGACUAUUUACAGGACCUAAGGCAUAAAGUUCAAAAGACUCGGGAAAACUUUGAAGAAGCUCGGGAAAAGGUAACAGAAUUAAAAUUGAAGUACAUGGAAAAACGAACAAAAUCGGAGGAGAAGUUCACUAAACGCGGCUAUUUGUUUUUAAUGGAAAAAAGUUCGCUUUUGAAAAUUUCCCUUUUAGAGCCAUUCAAAGCAACAUGGACGAAGUACUAUUGUACGUAUCGGAAACAAAAGAAGGAAUUUACUAUGCUUCAAUUCAAUCAAAUGAACCAUAGCUUCGCGAGGCCGGAGCAACGCGAAGAAGAGAAGCUCACAUUGAUGUCAUGCCAAAGACGGGCAUCAGAAUUUGAAAAACGCUUUUGCUUUGAUUUAACAUUUAAAGAGAAGCCCGGCAUUGUUUACACAUUUCAAGCGCUGAGUGAGGAAGAUCGCAGAGCGUGGAUUAAUGCCAUGGACGGCGCCGAACCGACUUAUUUAGCUCCCGGUAAAAUUAAGGCCGGUGAGGAAUAUCAGUUGGAUGAGGCUGGCUUCGCAUUUGUUCGUAAAUGCAUAGAGAUGCUCGAGAGUCGUGGUCUAGAAGAUGAGGGUAUUUAUCGUAAGAGUGGUGUUGGUACCAAAAUUAAUAAGCUAUUGACUUUGGGUAUGGACCGAAAAAAAGCAGAAAAUGUAUUUACCGAUGAGCAAUACCGAGAUCUAAUGGAAAGCAAUACCAUAGCUAGUGCUCUAAAAACAUAUUUACGUAAUUUGAAUGAACCCCUUAUGACAUAUCGCUAUCAUAGCGGUUUUAUAGAAGCAGCAAAACAAGAGAAUUUAAAUCAACGCGUUAACGAGGUACAUAAAUUGGUUUAUAAAUUACCAGAGGUGAAUUUCGAAAUGUUGGAUCUAGUAAUUAGGCAUUUAACCGAGGUAUCGCGCAAAUUUGAGAAAAACAAAAUGUCCGUUUUUAAUCUAGGCGUAGUUUUUGGUCCAACGUUAUUGCGUCCACAAGAAGAAACUGUGGCUGCCAUAUUGGAUAUUAAGUUCAAUAAUAUUGUUAUAAAUAUUUUAAUCGAAAAUUAUGAACGCAUUUUUAAAAAUGAUCCCAGUACAUGGGUGGGAGCUCCUGAUUGUCAGUCUAACGCCUCUAGUCCACCAGUGCGUGUGCCAAGAGCUAGUCAAAUUGGUAAAACCCUUAUUGUAGGGAUUAAUUGUGGCGGUGGUUCGGUGGGUCGCAAUUCUAUGUAUUCCCCGCAACAGCAAGUGUAUCGCGUGGUCACCAAAUCAAAUUUUCCGGAUUCGCCGAUGUCUUCAAGUCUACAAAAUAUUCCUAAUGGUAUGAUCUAUGCCCACAGUAGUGGUGGUGGAAAUUCUUUAGGUGGAGGUGCAGGGGGAAUUGGUAGUAAUACUACUAACGGUACAAAUAGUGGUAUAUUGAAUGCUCAUACUAAUGGUAGCGGCGGUGGCACUGGACCUAAAAGUCUUGGUUUAAAUAGCAAUAUGGGCAGUGUUAAGAAUUUACAUUCCAUGUCGCAGAGCGAUAUCAGUUUACGUCGUGGUAAUGCAGGUGAUUCUGUUUACGGCAUGUUAAGCUCUAGUACAAACGGUGGAUUGACUGCUCACCAUGCCACGCCUGCUAAUGCGACAAGUUUACGUCAUGAAUAUCUUAUGGCCACCGCUACCCCUGCUGCUACAUCGGUCGUUGCAAGCAGCGGCAGCCAUAUUUAUUCAACAGGUGGUGGCAAUAACGCCUCGAGCCAUCGCAUGAGCUUAAAUAACGUGUCACCUCCAACGUUGGCCAUCCGCAAGGAAGCUUUAUUUGGAACUGGUGGCGGCCCUCAACAGCAUCCACCUGUUCAAUUGCAACGCAGCAAUCACCUGCCAUAUCCCCAAUCGAAACAUUAUUCCUCCGUAGCCGCGGCUUCCACUUCAAGUUCCAACGAAAGUGUUUGUGAUUCAUUUUCUUCAAUAAAUGGUGGUGGUGUUGGUGGUAGUGGUGUUGGUGGCGUAGGUGGUGGUGGUGGUGGUGGUGGUGGUGGCAGUGGCAGCGGUACUGGACGUCUGCUAUCAACACGCAGCUCUAUUGAUUACGUGCCACAUUCUUCUCAAGCCAGUUCGCUUUCCACUCUUUUAGGAUCCACCUGCGAUGAUAUAGUUGCAGCUACUGCAGCACCGUCCAUGAUUGUCGGCUGCACAGGUACUGCUUCAUCAAGCGAUUAUACGCCUCAGAAAAUGCAUCGCAGCAAAGAUGUCAACCAGAUUAAACGAGAUUUGGAUGCGGGCACAGCGCGUGUUCGUACACUUUAUGCUUGCUUGGGGGAAAGCGAAGGCGAAUUGUCAUUUGAGCCCAACCAGAUUAUUACGAACGUGGGAUUUUCACAUGAACCUGGCUGGUUGCAAGGCACGCUAAGCGGAAAAAGCGGACUUAUUCCCGAAAAUUAUGUGGAACACUUGAAACCCUAUCAUUAACAAGAAAGUGAACGAACAAAAGCAGAAUAAACGCUGCCGUUUCGGUCUAAAGGAGCCUAAAGGCAUACACCGAUGCAUUUUCAACUGUUUCCAUAAUGUAUGGCUUUUUUCUUACAAGAUCAAUUAAUUCCAAUAGAUUUAUAGAAAAAGAAACAUUUGUGAUGUUUUGUUAGAAAAAAAACUAAAUUAAAUUUGAAAAUUUUGCAUAAAAUUAAAGCACAAAAAAAUUCCAUAGGAAAUACGUAUUUAUACAUUUAUCUAUUGAAAUACACAAAAGGUGUUGAAGGAUAGCAAAUUUUUAAUAAAUUUAAUGUAAUAAUUUUUUUUUUUUAUUUUUUUUAUUUUUUUUUUUUUUUUUGAUAAA